CACCGACAGAGAUGAGAGCGGUGGCGGCUGGAGUUGCUUGUACAACUUAAUUGCAGUUUCCAUACGGAGUGUGCAGUGUGUGGAUGUAAGAUACCUGCAGGCCCGCUUGGUCCGUGACUGUACAUAGCAGGGUUAAUAGACCCACAAUGCAUGCGAGACAUGACCAACCUGGCCCCCUGGGAUAACUCAAGCAGGCUGUGCAGCAUGGAACCAACAGCUGGCUGUUCCCCCACGGUUCCAGAGCCAGAACUCUACCGCAGCAUUCAGGCUGUGCUGCCCAAAGACACAGACCACCAGCAGGCUCCAGACUGCCUCAACAAAGGCAUGCUCAGAUGGACGCUUCAUAAGAAGGUUCAAAACAAUCCUGCCAACAGCUUAUCUCUGGUGUGGGUGCUGAUAAAGGAGCUGGAGAAGGCUGAGAGAUUGGACUGUCGUAAACACAUCAUACCUCUGCUUCACACACUCAUGUAUGCCAUCAUUCAGACAGCCUACAUUCCAGAUGAACUGUACAAGCGUGUGUAUGACUUUUGCAAGAGACUCCUGACUUACCCUCAUCCAUACUGCACUGUAGGCCUCAGCUACACAAGACAGAUAAAAACUGAGCGUUUCAUUCCAGGUCUGAUGUUCCAGAGGAUGCUCAUAGCUGAGCAGAGACUAAGAAAUGAGCACUAUCCCUUUCAGGAGAGGGUGUUUGUUCUGGCUGAUCCAGAGGUCUUUUCUGGUUCCUUGGCACAAGUCCUGUUGGGUGAUAUUGAGGCGUCUGCUUCAGCUUCAGGUGGAUUUCUAAGUCCUUUAGAUCACAUGCGUAGUGUGGUCCAACACACCAUACAGGCUGCUUUAGGAGCAGAGCAGUGCAACGGGUCAAAACUGGCUCAGGCCCUGAAGGACAUGGACCACGACGUUGAGCAGUACUUUCAGGAAGUGGUGGCGACUCUAGAGCAAAGUGUUGAGGAGGGCAGCAGAGGUGACGGUCGAACAUCGCGAAGCCGUCUUCAGAAGCUCUACAGUGAGAUCGUCACUGAUAUAGAUUCAGAGCCAUUGUCCAGAGGACCACUGUCUGAUUGCCCUCUUCCCAACCCAGAGAUGAGCUUCCACCUGUGGACUGAAGAUUUGGAUAUCUGGCGAGAGCUGGCCAAGUGGUUUCGAUCCAGCUCGAUGUCAGAGCAGUUCUCCCUCAGUCCGGAGCAGGAGGACUUUGAGCUGGGUGAGUCACCAGACCUGAUACCAUCUGACAAGACUCGCUUCUCAGUCAUGUCCAACGACAGUGGCAUUGAAAGAGAUCUUCCCCCCACUGCUGAUCCAUCCUCAGUGUCACCUCUGGAUGCUGCCAGUAUGAGUUCAUCAUGGGAACAAUGCAAAAGUGAGCCAGAGUCAUCAAAGCUGUCACGACGUGGAGGCAUCAAGAUGAAACCAUCUGUGAAGGACAGUAUGGUGCUGAUGCAGGACACCCUGGAAGAGCAUGUAAGUCUCGGAGGAGGAGGAAGUGGAGGGAGGGGAGGAAGAAGAGGGACAACUCUCCAGAGGCGGGCAGGAAACAGUGCAAUGCAGAACCCCUUCCCCAAGCAGCAGAGACACUUUACUGCCAGGAUAGUUGUCAUGGGGGAUGACAGGGUACUGGGCCGCCUGGCCAAGGCCUACUACUUCUUCAGGAAAAGGGAAGCACGGAGGCUUUUUCUUACAAUGAAAGUCAACCUCCAGUUUUACUACAUCCCUGUUUGCAGGGCGCCUACUCCUGUCUCUCCUGUCAGGGAAAGCGUACAUCAAUCAAAGGGAAACCCCUGUGCUCUUGGUUCCUACUUGAGCAUGGUUGAUCCAUGGUACAACUCUAACAUCAAGAGUUUAGGCUGCAUGAUCCCCAAACUGGCUAUGAUGCAAGAGACAAACCCGGUGAGACCAAAAGACCCCUUCUUGUCGGAUGUCAUAUCCUACUAUGUCCGUACUGGCCAGCAGCCUGUCUACUUCACAAUCUACUUUGUUAAGAUCACAUUCACCAGUGUGACAAAGGAUCCCGUGGAAGAAGUGUUCCUUACCCAUUUGGAGAUGGAGUUUCCCGAGUUCAAACAUAUCUUAGCUUCAGUAAGAGACAAACAAAAGCAGAGGAGCUCAGGGGAGGUGUGUGGAGCUGUUGUUUCCAUGAAUUACAAAAAGGUGACAUUAAGUGGCCGAGAUAUUGACAAAGGAAUCUCUGUCAGGAUGUCAGGCGCUCAGAUCAGUGCUAUUCCCUCCAAUGAAGCAGAAGAUCUGAACUGUUUGACACUAACACUGAAUGAAUCUCCAACAAGAACUAAAAACAACACUGUGGAAUCAAAGAUUCGGGCCAGCAACAUUAAGAUCCGCAGCUUGGAGAGUCGCUCUUUCACUGUUACUCUGGACAAAGAUUGUCGCAGGGCCUACAGACAUGUGCAGAGCAUUGAGAUCUUCCCGUGUCUCGACCCUGGAUACUGCGUCCAGAAAACCAUGAGGUCCAAAUUCAGCCUGGGAGGGGACAAAGAUGCUGGACUGACCAAAUACAUGAGCAAAGGACUUCCUCUACCAAUCAACACAUUUGCUGGAAUCAUCAACUGACCUCUGCUUAAUAUGAUGGAGUUGCCUUGCAGAGAAACUUCAGAAUUACGAGACCAUUCACACUGUGUUUUGAUAUGAAUGGUUGUUGCUUCUGUGAUCUAGUUUGACACAUGAACAGACAAAGGAAUAACCUUUUAGUUGCACUCUGCUGCUCCUGAAACCAAAAUAGUUGACUGGCACAUCUGGAAAAAGACUGCAAAUCAAAACAACUUAAGGCCCAAUGCAACGCAUGCAGGACUAAUAUCAAAUUUUGCAGUUGAAAGAACAACCAGUUUGCUUUUACAGUAACGGGAACACAAUUAUAUAACACAGUAAGCUAUGAUUGAACUCCUAGCAGUAUUUCAUGAUUCAUGAGUUUAACUACUGUGCAUACUUUAUGACAGUCAUAAAAUAUACGCAGAUUGGAAUCAUGCCAAAGAACAACCCAGCCAACAUUGACACUGGAGAGACCAGCAUGGAGAAAGCAAAUGAUUUCAAUCCUUUAACUACUGAUAAUUGGAUUGUAAAUGUGACAAUAUUGUUACAACUCAGCAGGCAAUCUGGAAAAUCUGCAUCACAAAGUUGCCACUCAGUGAAGCAGAUUUUGAAGGGUUAAUUGUAACAGUUGCUCUCCUUCAAAGAUACACUACCUUCUACUGCCUUCUUGACACAAGCACACACUCCUACUUACAAAAAUGCAGACUCACAGAAUCAGUCUGUCAGCUAUUAAAACAUGCUAAUUUGUUGAAAGACUGGUACGAUGGCAGUUGACAAUUCCCCAUCUUUGGCUUUUUUUUUUUUUUUUUUGCUGAAACAUUUAAAUAAGUUGCUAUUUCUGUACCUGGUUGCAUGAUGUAAGCUGUUAAGAAAAUGCAAAUGAUUGACUUUAGCCUCAGGUUUAGUGUUUGAAAAUGUUCUAGAAAUUUGCUAGAACCACACUGUGUAGUGCAGAAACUAGAGCCAUGUGCACUGUCUGGAAUUACUACAGAAUGAACACAACUACUGCAUGUUACUGUCUCACACAGACCCUUGCAUUAUGCACGUACUGAGCUACAGAAAACAACUAAGUUUUAGGCUACUAGACUGUUGGCUUUGUCUUUGACGCCCCUGUCUAUGCUUGAUGAUAUGCAAAGGGCUAAACCUGGAGAUACGUGAAAGUGAAACUUGCACAAUGCUAGUAAAUGUCUCAAAUGUAACCUAUUAACCUUGUGGUGUUAAAAAAUCACCCCAACCCCCACGCUCUCAUUGUGGUGUGUCAACAGAUACAUAAAUGUGCUGAAUUGCACCUGGUUGCACAGAGACAGCAGUAUUGUUUCUCAUUUACUAAUAGAAGAGGCACGCUAAUCCAGCAGCUGUGUGUGAAGCAUGUAAUUAUGACUACAUGUGUAAAUAUGACAUUACUGUAUGUGUCGUAAUUAUGGAAACACUCUCAUAACAUACUGCCAUCAUAGGAUAUUCUCCAAGUUAUAGAGAGGCAUUGAAGAUCUGACACAAUGGUAGGUUAUUUAUUAAAAAGAUCAAUUCACAGCCACAUAAUUAUUAUUGCCACAGUUAUGAUCUCAGACAGUGAAGGUCAACAGCCUCAGGAACUGAAAGCAAUGUGUUUAUUCGGUGCACAACAUCAAAAUCAUGUGAGUGUGUGCGUUUGUGUCUGCUGGCCUGGCAGGGUGAAAUCAUGAGUUUGAAAUUCAUGAUCUAUUUUGCACAUUGUUUUCAUGUUAUUUCAUGUACAAAGAUGAUGUCAUUAUAAAUCAAAUCUAGUAAUGUAAUUGUGUAAAUAAAUUAUUUUUUGUU